GUCUGGUCACCAUUCGAGACUCAAAUAGUCUCUCCUUUAUCUUACAAAGAACCAUCAGCUACUCGAUCCCCUCUCAUUCACACAAAUAAGCAGAUUCAGCUCAAUGCACCCUGCGCCAGUGACGACCUGCCUUGCAAGUCUGCUGUUCUCCGGGUUCCAGAUGAGUAUGUAAGCAACGACAACUUCGUUCCGCCACCAGCCUCAGUUGUUUGUUUGUCUACUGGAUGCACUGAUGAGCUAGCAUUCGAUCUGGAUGAAUGGCUCUCGAUAUUUGAUGCUAAUCGGCAUGACUUCGCUGACCAUCUUGUGCCAUUAAGUAACAGUCCUGAACUGACGAGUAAUGGCGCAUGGUGGGGUUACUCGAGCACACCAAUGCUCGAGCAUGAGCUCCCUCCUCUCCCGAAGCAAACCAAUAUUCUUCAGCAUAACCAUCAGUUUCAUUCUCAAAUGCAACAGCAACAGGGGGAUGUGUCUCAACAUUUGAACCAUCACCAUCAUCAUCAUAAUCAUCAUCAUCAUCACCAUCAUCACAAUCACAAUCAACAGCAACAGCAGCAACAGCAAAACACUUACCACGCCCACUCACGUUCUCACAAUCAUGCAUAUGCUAAUCAUCACCACCACUACACUGCUUCUGGAAUGCCCUCAAUGAAGGCCUAUUCGGCAGGACCAACUCAUGCCGGACCCAUAUCCCCACGAUCUGGAGGCCCGAGUUCUGGGGAAUCUGGUUCGCUGGCUGCAACUGGCAUCGUUUCCAACAGUAAUCUCAACUCAAUUGGACCUGCCCUUCGAGGCAUGAGUGCUUCUGUCACCUUUUCUGGCGGAUCGCAUAAACGUGCUUAUUCUACAUCUUCUUCAGCUACUGGCGCUGUUGCUUUAGAAUCUGACAGCGGGUCCUCAGUGUUGGGGCAUAUGCCGACAAAACGCCGCCGAUUGACAGGAGCUGCUGCGGCAGCAGCUGCCUCAGCCAAACGAAUGGCCGCAGCCAACGCUGCAUCUGCUAUGGGCGGGCCCUCUGAUGAAGGCAUGGAUACCGCUUUGGGUCGCUCAUUAUCCGGCUCUAGCCUGAUCUCACCAGCCACUAGUACCACAUCCAAUCAUUGCUUAGCUUCUGGUAACUCUACUGGCACUCAUAAUUUUGGCAACCCUUCUAUUCUGUUGCAACUCACGGGUACUUUGCCAUCGGAUGCAACUACUGAUGGACGACUUCUUAUUCCAAAACCAGCAUAUCUCCGAGAGCCACAACCCAGUCGGUCCAACCGGAUGCGACGAAUGGCUGCAGCUGCAGCAGCAGCAGCUAGUAUGACUAUUUCCACAGCUCCGUCAUUCAUUGCAUCGCCACUAUUUGGCGGGCUUGGUGUUGACUUACAUGGGAACAAGAUUGAAGGAUUGAUGAGUCGUGGACUCGCAAAUAUGCAGACGCCCGGAGGACCUUCUAUUUCUGCCAACACCGGCAUCGGAAAUUUCAUCGAGGAAUCACAUUUUCCAAAUUCUACGGGGUCAAGUGGCUCCACGUUACCACUACUUAGCCUCUCCCAACUUACCAAGUAUGCCCAAUCCCCACUUCAUUUUGCUUCUACUGGAUACGCAGCGAUUGCUUCGGCUGUGGCCGCUUCAAUGCUUAGUUAUCCUCACCAACAUACACAGUCAUCACAGACACCGCAGCAACACCAGCAUCAGCAGCAUCUACUUGCUCAGCAACUUGGGGUUCCGUCAAACCACGAACGUUCGUCUGGGAUAUUACCCACAUCAGCUUUGGCCAGACAGCAAGCCAGUCAGCACCUU